AUGCACAGCCAGAAGCCACACAAGCGCCGCAUCAUCUGCUGCCUGACGGGGAGUCUUGCUCACACCCGCGUGCCGUCUCCUGCUGCUGCCGCCAAACAACCUCAGACCAGCAACCCGCAAGCUUCCGCAAAGUCGCCCAUUCUCACUACCAAAUCUGCUGGCAAACGCAAGAUCACGCAGUAUUUCACUGCUGUACCACAAUCAGUAAAGAACAACAAGCGUCGCAAGAUCGACGACGGCCUUCUCGAUCCGCCAUCUCUGCAAAACACCCUCAGCGUGCCGGAACCGCCUGUGGCUGCCCCCGCUACACUGCAAACAGCCGCCAGUGCUCCUGAGCUUAAAUCAGAGGCUGUCGAAGAGGUGGAACAAGAACCAUCAAAUCACGUCGAGGAACCAGCGGUGGACAGCGUCAUACAAGCAGCACACGUACCGCAACAAGAAAAGGAGCCCGACAAGCCACACGAUACAGAUCAAGAACAGCUCUACGUCACGGCAGAAGAAGGUCAGGACCAACAAGACACCAAGAAAAAGGAAGAAGACGAGAAAAAGGCUCUCAAGAGGGAGCGAGAGUUGAAGCGAUUGCAGAUUGAUGCGAAACCCGCUUUGAUCGACAAACGCUCGAGAAGGCAGACGACUCUUCCACCAGCACGACCAGACGAUGAAGAUCAGAGACCCGCAAAACGUCAACGAAUGAGUUUGCCUGCUGUCGCUGGCCCUUCGACUGCGCCUGCCGAUCUAACCCAAGAAUCUUUGCCCGUGAUUGCAGGAGUUGUUGAAGAAGCCCCCAAUCUCACUUCCAUCGCAGAAGCACUGGCAAUUCCACCAGAACCAAAUCCUCCAACCUUCCCAGCCGGCACGGACCUCAAACUACUUGCAUCGGGGAAGUCAACGACGCCUGACACAUCCAAAAUCCUCACCGAAGAAGACGCCACAGAACUCAUCAAACCAGACCGCAGCGAGGAAACAUCACAAGAGCGACAAAAGCGCAUCGGAAAUGAACUGGACAUGGUUGCCGGAUGGCAUGUAAUUGAGACGCAACAAGAAGCCGUUCAAUCCAGUCCUGAAGCCGUGACUGCGCCUGUCAAACCUGUGCAAAAGAAGAAAAAGCAGAGGUUCAAUCCCAAACCCAAGGGUCAACCCUAUAUUCCCAAAGCAAAGAAGAAGGCUCAAGAGCUCGCGGCCAAGAAGUUGGCAAAGAAGCAGGCUGAAGCGGAGGCCAAAGCCGGGAACGGAAUCACUCAAGAACCGGCACCACUUGAGAGUGCUUCAAACCAGGAGGCAGAAGUUGCACCAGAAUCGGUUGCCGAACAAUCAGCUCUAGUUCAAGAAACUGAAGCUCCGACAGAUUGGCUGACUGAUCUGAUGAAUGCCACAGAGCCAAUCACACCAGAGCAAGAAGAAGCAAAGAAGAGCAAGAAAAGCAGUAAAGGCAAAGGCAAGGCCAAGGUCGUUUAA